AUGAGCUCAUCCCGAGUCAGACCGCAGCAGCUCCCGCAGAAACUCGACUCCAGCGAGGGCAUCGAGAUGGAGAACAUCCAGCAUCCAGAGCCGGGGCUCGGCGGUGCGGUCACCCCGUCCCCUCCGUCCCGACAGGCAUGGAGCCGGGACAACCCGGGGUUUGAGCCCGAGGAUGAAAUCAUGGAGGCCGACUGGCCACCGGCGAGUCCCGGGAGGAGGUCAGUGUCCACGGCCUCCAGCAGCAGCUGCAGCAGCGGCCUGGGCAGCUACAGUGGCGGGGCCAGCAGCCCGCACAUCCCCGCUGGAGGACUGUACCCGACCCCGACUGUGGAUGCCCGGCAGCAGGGGAGACAUGAUCACCCCAACUGCAUGAAGCAGAUUCUGCACAAGAUAAGAAUCCUGUGGGGCACAGAGCUGAUGGAGGACAGCGACAGCAGCCGAGAAAGAUACCUCAGGAACGUCCUGAGGGAGAUGCUCACGUACAUCGCCUUUCUCAUCACCAUUUGCAUCUUGACCUAUGGGAUGGUGAGUGCUAAUAUGUUCUACUACACCAAAGUCAUGUCUCAGCUGUUCCUGGACACACCGCUCUCUGCAGGAGACCCAAUGACUUUUCGGCGCCUCUCAACGAUGGAGGAUUUCUGGAAGUUCACAGAGGGGCCUUUCGUCAACAGUAUGUACUGGGAGGUGUGGUACAACAACAAGAGUCUGCCCGAGAAUCACAGUCUCAUCUACUACGAGAACCUCCUCCUCGGAGUGCCUCGACUCAGACAGGUCAAAGUCCACAACGAGUCGUGCUCCGUCCACGAAGACCUGCGAGACGAGGUUCAGGACUGUUACAACAUGUUCACGCCAAGCAACGAGGACACGGCCCCCUUUGGGCCAAAGAAUGGAACUGCGUGGGUCUACACGACCGAGAGCGACAUGAACGACAGCAGCUACUGGGGUCAGGUGUCGAAAUACGGAGGAGGAGGAUAUUACCAAGAUCUGUCUCGCACGAGAGAGGAGUCACUGACCCAACUGCGGAUCCUCAAAGACCACCUGUGGCUGGACAGAGGCACCAGAGCGGUUUUUCUCGACUUCUCAGUCUACAAUGGAAACAUCAACCUGUUCUGCAUUGCCCGGUUGUUGGUGGAGUUCCCUGCCACCGGUGGCGUGGUCACGUCCUGGCAGUUCCAGACCGUCCGCCUGAUGCGGUACGUGUCCAGCUGGGACUGCUUUGUGGCGGUGUGUGAGGUGGCGUUCUGCAUCUUCGUCCUGUACUACGUGGUGGAGGAGGUGCUGGAGAUCCGCAUCCACCGCCUGCAUUACUUCAAGAGCCUGUGGAACUGUCUGGACGUUCUCAUCCUGGCGCUGAGCGUUGCCGCCAUCGUCAUGAACGUAACCAGAACAGCCAUGGUAGGCAGUCGUCUAAAAGGUCUGCUGGAGAACGACAGAUCUCACCCCAGCUUUGAGCCUUUGGCCGACCUGCAGGUCCAGUUCAACAACGUGGCUGCAGUCAUCGUCUUCUUCUCUUGGGUCAAGCUUUUUAAGUUCAUCAACUUCAAUAAGACCAUGAGUCAGCUGUCCAGCACCAUGUCCCGCUGUGCCAAAGACCUCGUGGGAUUCGCCAUCAUGUUCUUCAUCAUCUUCCUGGCAUACGCUCAGCUGGCCUACUUGGUGUUUGGAACCCAAGUCAAUGAUUUCAGCACUUUCCAAGCCAGCAUUUUUACCCAGUUCCGCAUCAUCCUGGGAGAUUUUGAGUUCUCUGCGAUCGAGGAGGCGAACCCAGUGCUCGGACCGAUCUACUUCACCACCUUUGUCUUCUUUAUCUUCUUCAUCCUCAUGAACAUGUUCCUGGCCAUCAUCAAUGACUCGUACUCCGAGGUCAAGGCCGACAUGUCGCAGCAGAGGUCAGAGAUGGAGAUGACGGACCUCAUAAAGAAGGGCUGUAACAAAGCUUUGAUGAAGUUAAGACUGAAGAAGACGGCGGUGGACGACAUCUCCGACAGUCUGCGUCAGGCGGGGGGCAAACUCAACUUUGAUGAACUGCGCCAGGAUCUGAAAGGAAAGGGCCACACAGAUGCAGAGAUCCAGGCCAUAUUUGCCAAGUAUGAUCACGACGGCGACCAGGAGCUGACAGAGCACGAACACCAGCAGAUGAGAGACGAUCUGGAGAAAGAGAGAGAGGACUUGGAUCUGGAGCGCAAUUCGCUGACGCGACCCAGCAGCGGGCGGAGCUUCCCUCGUACCCAGGACGACUCGGAGGAGGAUGACGACGAGGACAGUGGCCACAGCUCUCGUCGCCGUGGCAGCAGCUCGGGUGGCGUCUCCUAUGAGGAGUUUCAAGUGCUGGUGAGACGCGUGGACCGGAUGGAGCACUCGAUCGGCAGCAUCGUGUCCAAGAUAGAUGCUGUGAUUGUGAAGCUGGAAACCAUGGAGAGAGCCAAACUGAAGAGGAGAGAUGUGCUCGGCCGACUGCUGGACGGAGUCAUGGAGGAUGAGCGUCUGGGCCGGGACACGGAUGCUCACAGGGAGCAGAUGGAGAGGCUGGUGAGGGAGGAGCUGGAGCGCUGGGAGUCUGAUGACAUGGUGUCACAGGUCAGUCACCCACAGCCUCGCCCUCGUCCGUCCUCCUCACUGUCCACCGACGGCCUGGAAACGAGCGCCAACGGAAGCGGCCACGCGUGAAGAGAAUGGACGGACACUGCGCUUUUGAACAAUAAUCCGUCUAUUGGAAAUGACCCUUCAGUGGUACAAGUAACUUAUGAUGCUAGACACUUUUUUGCUGAACAAAAUAAUUGUUGAAGCUGUUAAAAUUCCUUAAAUUAAACUGAAAAUUUGAGUGACAAACACUCAGGCUUACCUCACCGUAGGUAAAUAAAUGCACUGAAAGAGUGUGAGGUUCAAAAAUGUUGUUGAUCCGUCUCUUCAGCUAUUAUAGUACGAGCUUAACAGGAGAACGCGAGGGAACAUGAAGAACGUGCGGUGGAGGCUGGAGAACGAUGAAGGAUUUACAGUUCAGUAUUAAUAUCACAGUAUUGGAUGCAAACAUACUCGGUUAUAUUCAGAAUACUCAGUGUACGAUUUUAAAUAUGCUCACCUGCUUCUGAUCACUGUAUCCACACAUUUAAGUGUUUCAAGAAAAACCAAAAAGGCAUUUGUUUAAAUGCUGAUUUCGCUGAUUGUUUAUUUUUCCAUCUUUUCUAACAUAGGUACACGUGUGGCACGUUUGUGUCGUGUUUACUCAUCCUCUGUACACCAAUUAAGCUUCUAAUUAAAUAGCUUAUCACUUUAUGAUACAUAUUGUAACUUGAAACAAACUUCAAUUUGGAGUGCGUCUAAUGUUCAUGGGAAACCCAUGCAUCUAUGUUUUUCAGUGCCUUACUUUUUUAUACAGUAUAUAUCUGUUAUGCCAAUUAAAGUGUUGUCAAAAAAAAAAAGGUUUGGUU